AUGUCAAUAUCUCCAAAUAAAACUUGGGAUGAGCGAGCCAUGGAACUAAUUGAAUAUAAACGAAUUCAUGGUGAUUUCAAUGUACCCUCCGAAGGUGAAUACUCUACAUUGCAUUCGUGGAUUAGACGACUGCGAGAAUGGUAUAUCCUGAGAACGCAUCUAGCAUUCAGCCCCCCACUUUCGUUGACACAGGAGCGUGUGGAGGAGCUUACUAGACUUGGUUUCACCUGGCAAAGCAAGGGGCGACGACAUGAAUAUGUCCACCAACAUAUUGCAUCCAAGGAGCCCGCUGCUGCUCCAAUAGUCACUACUACUACUACUGCCCAAGAAAUUAACGUUAACGAAUCCACUGACAAUGAUGACAGUCAUGAUGAUACUCGUCAACCAACGGCCAAGAAAUCAUCUCGCAAAGAAACUCAUGACUCCCACGAAGAAAGAUGGCGACGACGACUACAAGACUUGCGAGAUUUCAAACAAAAAUACGGUCAUUGUAAUGUACCGAGGACAUUUCCAGAAAAUGUGAGCUUUGGAAACUGGAUAGGGACAGUCCGUAGGCUGUUUAGAAGGUUCAAGAAAGGGGAAGCGACAGCAUUGACACGAAAGCGCAUUAUCGAGCUUCACAAGCUUGGAUUUCCUUGGACGGCAAAUAUUGAAACAGUGAAGGGAUUUCAAGAGUCUAAAGAGAACAACAUUUUCAUCACGAAGAUUUGUCGACUUCAUAAUCAAGAGAAUCUGAAACUCCUAUCAGAUAUUUCUCGUCAGCCAACGGCCAAGAUAUCAUCAAGCUGGCGACGAAGACUGCAAGACUUGCGAGAUUUCAGGCAACAUCACGGUCACUGUAAUGUAGUACCGGCUAGAAUCCCGGAAAAUGAAAGUUUUGGAAAGUGGGUAACUGGAGUCCGUAGAACAUUUAGAAAGCUGAAGAAAGGGGAGGAGACGAGUGGGAAUCUGACACCAGAACGUAUUGUCGAGCUUCACAAUCUUGGAUUUCCUUGGACGCCCAAUGCUAAAACAGAGAGACGUUUUCAAGAAGAUGCCGAGAACAACAUUUUCUUCACGAAAAUUUACAAAGAUUUGUCGCAACAGCUUCCUGACCAUGAGAAUGUGGAACUCCCGUCAGAUAUUGCUCGUCAACCAACGGCCGAGAGAUCAUCAGAGAACCAACAACAUGUCCUUGCUCGCGCAGUAGUAGAAACUACUGUUAUAGGGAAAAGGAAAGCGGCAACAAAAGUACAAUGCCGGGAUACCCAACCGGCAACAAAGAAGCUAAAGCAAACUCAUCAAGAGCGUAUUGAAACAGACCUAUCAGCCGAACCGGAUAAUCAUCGGAUCCCAAAUUUUCGGAUGCGAAAAACUUGUUUGGACACUGAUAGCCAACCAUUUACAGCAAGACGACACCCAAAGGGUUCUGCACGUGAAACUAGUAACAUUCUGAAGUCUAGUACUACCAAUGCAGGAUUCGAGUCUUCCGGGUGCAACAAUACUAUCCAAGCCCACCCAGCAGAUGAUCUAGAUAGACCAAAGCCAACACAGGUAGUGUUGCACAAGCCAAACCCUUCUACACAGUGUGCUGCACAAAAUGCACCGGUAGUACCGGUACAAGCGUUGACGUUGGAGGAAAGGCUUCGAGCCAAGUUCGAGAAGCGAUUGAACCUAAUAAGUUUGUAA